CCCGUUGAAAAUGGUGUAGCUCGAACACGAUGACCUAGAAGGCAACCACUAGGCUUUCCAUCUAGAAGAAAAAGGAAAGACACAAAACAAGGGCCACCUGCAGUGUUACGUUUGGCGUUCCCGAUACCAAGUUUAAGCCACUCCAGGUUUGUGGCAAGCCUACAUAUCCAGGGCCCUCGUCCGUCGGAUUCUCUAGACGGCCCCUGUUGACCUCAACGAAUCUCCUCCCCGCUAUAUCAACGCUUUUACGCCUCGAAAGUUUUGGUUUCCCGCCGCAACAGGCAUGUAAAGUAGGGUGGAAGCUGGCUGUUUGUAGUUAACGGCUUGUCGUUCGUUUGAAAUAUAUACGAAGAUCUUCUUCCGACAAAAUGGGCAGCCAUCACGACAGUCUUUUCGCUGCAGCGGUCCUCUUCCUGGUACUGAACACGGUUGUCGUGUUCUCCCGAGUUUAUGUUCGGACAGUGGUGAUUCCUGGUGGUUAUGGUUGGGACGAUUUUGUAUUAUGUUUAACAUAUAUCGGUUUCGUCAUCUCCAUAGGACUUGGUUUCGCUGCUAUGCAUUAUGGGUAUGCUGCAGACGAUGUUCAGCCUUGGUACGAUGUGGCUACAGCAAAAAUGUUCACCUACGGAAACCAGACAACCCUCUACAUUUCAGCAGGUUUGGUAAAGCUUGCUGUAGCGCUAGUUCUUCUUCGCAUAUCGAUCUCCAAAGGGCUACGCGUUAUCCUCAUCAUAUCCAUGGUUGUCGUUGGUAUCUGGACUGUCAUCACGGUCGUUUUCGCCUCUGGUAUUUGCGCUACGGGUGGUUCAAGCAACUGGGCUGGAAGCCAACGUUGUACUGACGUCGGUUAUUUUCGUACAAUCUCCAACAUUUUCAUCGAUUACUUCUAUGCCCUGCUGCCGAUCUAUAUCCUUCGAGGUUCCCAGUUGCAAACAAAGCUCAAAUACAUAGCCAUAUUCCUACUUGGCUUGGGUAUCUUUGCAAGCACCGCAACGAUUGUCAAACUCGUCAUCAUCGUGCGUCUUCCAUAUGCGAAAGGCGAAGUGGCAGACGGACUCCACUACGACCUCCUAUUGUGGGCCGAUAUCGAGCUCGGCCUCGCCAUUCUUGCGGCGUCUGCGGCUGCGCUCCGGCCACUACUCAGACAUGUACCAGCCCUGUUUGACGGAACCACUAAGAAUGGUACUCGUGGUACGGAAGAAAUCGGACCAUACCAUGAACUUGCGGUGCAAAGUGACAGAAGAAAGAGCAAGACAGCUAACGAGACAACGGUAUCAAAGUCAAAGACGAAUUCUGAUGACGAUUUAUUUCGGAUGGCAUAAUCUGCUUGGAUACCACCAAUUGCGCUUUACAUUUCAAUCACCUAAUCGCGGAUACCCAAAAACUAUUCAAUGUUUGACGUCGUGACGUUGUCGGCAUAGACCCAAUCCCUACAUAUUAACAGCCUAAAAACGCGUUUCUAAUAUGGCUUUCAUGAUACCCAAUCUGUUGUUUUGCCAGGUGUCGUCUAAGACGAAGAAAGUCACGGACGUUCUCGCAUAAGGAGCCGUUACUAUCCGUAUAUUUACCGAUAGUAGACACAGGUGGCUUUAGAAGCAGUCAGAGCAGCGUUUAUAUGAAUCAUGAAAGAGGGGCUCUUUCAAAAAGCCUUCGAGGCACCAUUGAAUGCCCGCCGAAAGAUUAGGCCUUCAUCGAACCAUCAGCAUCACUUUGGCAAGAGGUAUGCGAUAUGCCCUUGAGAUUACGCUUAAUGUUUAA